CAACGCCGUGUUUUGGUCACGUGAUCAAAGGUCUAAAGUUUAGCGGGAACCAACAUGGCGAACGAGAAGAUAGCUGCAGCGCCAGACUCGGUGCAAUGUCCCGUUUGUUUUAAAGACUUCACGUCCGCCACAAUCAACGGACAUCUGGAUAUAUGUCUGCUGAAAGGCGUUACCGACAGCAGCCCGUCCACAGCGGACGAGAGCGGACCUCCUGUAAAGAAAUCCCGCACUGGUCCCGAGGCUGUCAUCAAACCUGCGGCCAGCUCCUCCUCCAUGGCCAGCGCGCAGUCACCGGGGGUGUUUUCGCUGUUUCAAGGCAACAGGGGGAAACCUCCGGUCCAGACUGAACGGAACGGUUUAUUUGCCGGUAAACAAAGUCCUGGCAGUGCUGCCAGCAAGGGGGUGAAACGUUUACUGAACGAGGAGGCGGAGCUUGGGGCAGCAGGUACAGAGACUUUGAGGAGUCAGCAGCCCGCGCCUGCAUCCAGCGGGCAGGGCUUGAAAACGGCGAAACGUCUAUCACCGCGGACGUUGUUUGCAGUCGACAAGCCUCUGGCGGAGGUGCUGAGACCAGAAACACUGGAGGAAUACUUUGGGCAAAAUAAAGUUGUAGGAGAGCAAAGUCUCUUCCGGCCACUUCUUGACUCCCAGGAAAUACCGUCGCUGAUCCUCUGGGGACCUCCGGGAUGCGGAAAGACCACUCUAGCCCACAUCAUUGCCAGCACCAGUAAGAAGAAGGGGACGGCUCGCUUUGUAACUCUGUCUGCCACCAGUACAUCCACCAAUGAGGUCAGAGAAGUGAUAAAGCAGGCGCAAAACGAGCUCCGACUGUGCAAGAGGAAGACCAUCCUGUUCAUCGAUGAAAUUCACCGCUUCAAUAAAUCCCAACAGGACACCUUCCUUCCACAUGUGGAGUGUGGCACAGUCACUUUGAUUGGAGCGACCACUGAGAACCCAUCCUUCCAGGUGAAUGCUGCCCUGCUGAGCAGGUGCAAGGUGCUGGUUCUGGAGAAGCUGUCUGUGGAGGCGAUGGGCUCGAUCCUGAACAGAGCUGUGGCCACACUUGGGAUCAGAAUCCAGGGACAAGAUUCGACAAACCCCAAAGAUGAAGACCAAACAGAUGGACACAGACAAAAAAAGAUUUACAUUCAGCAAAAAGCCCUGGACACCAUGGCCUACCUUUGUGAUGGCGACGCAAGAGUGGGGCUCAAUAGUCUCCAGCUGGCUGUUCAGGCUCAGAUGUCCAAAACAAACCUCUUAGCACCCGACGAUUCUCCUCAAGAGAUACUAGUGACAGAAGAGCACAUCAAAGAAGGUCUCCAAAGGUCCCACAUUCUCUAUGAUAAAGCUGGUGAAGAGCAUUACAACUGCAUAUCAGCGUUACAUAAGUCUAUGAGAGGCUCCCAUGAGAAUGCGUCUCUCUACUGGCUGGGCCGUAUGCUUGAGGGUGGCGAGGAUCCGCUCUACGUGGCUCGCAGACUGGUCCGCUUUGCCAGUGAAGAUGUGGGUAUGGCAGAUCCCACCGCUCUUACUCAGGCUGUUUCUGCCUUCCAAGCCUGUCAUUUCAUUGGGAUGCCUGAAUGUGAGGUGAUCCUUGCUCAGUGUGUGGUCUACCUGGCACGAGCACCCAAGUCUGUGUCGAUCUACAAGGCCUAUAAUAAUGUGAAGAGCUGUUUGAGAAGCCACAAAGGUCCCCUGCCUCCCGUCCCCUUGCACCUCCGCAAUGCCCCAACCAGGCUUAUGAAACAGCUGGGAUACUCUAAAGGCUACAAAUACAACCCAGACUUCAGCGGCCCCGUAGAGCAGGAGUACUUACCUGAGGAGCUGCAAGGAAUCAACUUCUUCACCUGGAAGCCCUCAGACUCAUGAGUAUUUUUGUAAAAACAAAAAACUUACUCUAUAUAAUGCAGUGGUUUUCUUUUGUUUUCCUGAUGUGGGCUUCUUUACAUAUCAAAAGUAAACACAACAAACUUAUUUUCACCACAUAAAUUAUAUCCACUCAGCUCUGCUUCACUGCAUAUUAUUCUGUACUUGUCCAGCUACCCUGCUGUACUGACACACUGAACCACAGUUUGAAAACCACUGCUGUCAUGUUCUUUAAAACUGAGGCUGCUACAAGGACCAGUUAAGGCUUAUUAUAUAAGUUGUGUAUUUACGCUGGCAGUUAAGAUUUUUCGCUUGUGUCACAAACUUGUCAAUUACAAAGGUUAGAAAAAAAAUAAUAAAAAACAGUGCACUCAUUCUAUAAACGGUCUCAUGUUAUAGUUUUUACAUUUGCUUUGUAGUUAUACAAAUACAUCAGUGACACAGUAACUAAAUACACCUAACUCACCUUUGUAUUUUCAUAAUGCUAAUUCAGACUUUUUAAAAACUGUCCAUUUUUGGAUUUAUCUUUGUAAAACAUGUAUACAUUGUUUAAAAUAAAUAAAUGUGUUUCCUUAUCUGUUCAAUCCUG